AGCUGGCCGACAACCUGGACAAGCUGAGCGCGGCCGCCACCAAGCUGCACGAGGACAUGGCUCCCUACUACAAGGAGGUGCGGGAGAUGUGGCUGAAGGACACGGAGGCCCUGCGCAAGGAGCUGAGCAAGGACCUGGAUGAGGUGAAGGAGAAGAUCCGGCCCUUCCUGGAACAGUUCUCGCAGAAGUGGACGGAGGAGCUGGAGCAGUACCGCGAGCGCCUGGCGCCCGUGGCCCAGGAGCUCAAGGAGCUCACCAAGCAGAAGGUGGAGCUGAUGCAGGAGAAGCUGACGCCGGUGGCUGAGGAGGCGCGGGACCGCCUGCGCGGGCACGUGGAGGAGCUGCGCAAGAACCUGGCGCCCUACAGCGAGGAGCUGCGGCAGAAGCUCAGCCAGAAGCUGGAGGAGAUCCGGGAGAAGGGCAUCCCCCAGGCUGCCGAGUACCAGGCCAAGGUGAUAGAGCAGCUCAGCAGCUUCCGCGAGAAGAUGACGCCCCUGGUGCAGGACUUCAAGGAGCAGCUCACGCCCUACGCCGAGAGCCUCAAGGCUCGCUUCAUCAGCUUCCUGGACGAGCUCCAGAAGAAGAUGGGCUUCUGGGAGUACCUCAGCCAGCUGACGAGCGACAAGGAGAGCCCGGAGCACGGCCAGGGCACCAAGCCGGGCCGGGACAACACAAACCUCAAGGAAAGUAUUCAGGAUGGAGUCAACUACAUGGGAAACUUCCUGGAGAAACUGGUGCCGCUCAACAGGGGCCUCCAGCCCCGGCUCUACCAGGACUCCGACGGCCUGCGCAAACUCAUCAGGAAGGAGCUGGAAAGCCUGAGGGUGAAGCUGUCCCCUUAUGUGGACGAAGUGCACCACAAAGUGGGCAAGCACUUGGAGGACCUGCGCUUCCAGCUCCAGCCGUUCACCGAGGAGCUCCUGGACCACGUGUCCCUGAAGGCGCGCGAGCUUCAGCACCACCUCCUCCCCAGCCGAGACAUGACGGCUCAGCUCCUGGAGGGCGUGGACGAAGUUCAGAGGUUCAUGGCUCACUAUGCCGACAAAAUAGCCUUUCACACCGACCAGGUGAAGGACAUCUUCCACCCGUACGUUGACAGGCUGCUCACCGAGAUCCACCGUAACGUGGAGGAGCUGCACAGAAACGUCGUCCCUCACACGCAGGCCAGCCCGGAGAAACUCAACCAGUAUAUCCAGGAGCUCUCCACGAAGCUCACCCAGAACGCUGGAGACCUCCACCAGAAGAUCCAGAGGAACCUGGAGCAGCUCAAGCUGAAGCUAAGCCUUUACCCCGGCAGCCUCCGGGACGGGCCUGCAAACGGCACGCUCCUGGGUGAGGUGUGUGGCUGA